AUGAAGACUGCAGUGCCAGAAACACGCACAGUCGAGCUUGGCGUAUGGAAAGUUGUGCUGUUGAACAAUGCGCGCUGGGAUUAUCGAAGCAGAUGGAACAACCUAUUGCUGGCGUUUCCCCUCUUUCGAAGACUCGCUAUCGACGUUUAUACCUUAGACCCGACGUUAUCGAUUCUCUUUAUCUUGGAAAAAAUAUGGUCGGGCGUAGAAUCUGCUAUUUUGCUCUACCUCUCCAGUCGUCUUUUGCGGAUCACCGAGGUGGGACUCAUUUCUGGGACUUUGGAUUCUUUUGCAAUCCUGGGUGCCGUGGCAAUGCGUCUAUGUUGCGUUGUCCUGGCCGCAAUCCUGUCAUGGGCAAGUGGCGGUAUUCAUCCAGUCUUGAGAACUCGUGUUACGACACAUUUUGAGCUGCACCUCAUGCAAAGCACUCGCUUGCGCAUCGACAAUCCCACCUCCCAAGAAACUAAAAGUAAAUCCAACGCCUCUGCACAACAUGCAUGGAGAGCAUUCGAAGACGUGGUGUGUUCCCUUCAGCAAAUAGUAACCACGGGGAGCGAGCUGGCUCUCAUCGUGCAGGCUUGUCGCGCAACCGAAUCCCCGCUAUUCGCGGUUUUAUGCAUAGCAAAACCUCUGUAUCACGGUUUUGGUACGAGAUCACUAUACAACCAAGCCCACAUCGGUUACACGGAUAACAAGUUCUUCCAGAGGAUGAAAAGUUUGGUUCAGAUGGCCUCCGAUGCAUAUAGGUCAGAAGUCUUGGGAAGCGACCUUGUCAGUUAUAUUAUCAGAGAGUAUCAGAAGGCGACGUCAUCACUAGGACUCACAUCUGAUGACUGGCCUGAAGUCCAAUACUCUUGACGCACUGACCCUUUGAUGAGAAUAUUUGAAGCCGUCAUGGGGGAUAUUCCUAUGGUAUAAUAUCGCAUCCUUUUCAGAAAUGGGUUAGACCAUAUUAACCUCAUGCCCUCUAGAUUUACUACUCAUUGGCAGUGAUCAUGAAACCAUCAAAAUUCUCUAUAUCCUCCAUCGCCAUCCUGACUCAGUCGUCUGAAACCUUGGAACGGUCACUGCAGAGAAUCCUGCGCAACGUAGCCCAGUUUUGAACGCAAUGCGAACAGCUGAGGAUGCUUUACGAAGCAGAUAAGAUCAGUAAUAAACUCGUAGAUGGAAGCUUGUCCUACCCCUCGGAGAAGUUACAAGGAAUGUCCUUCGAGCUUCGGUAAGCCCCUUUUUUCAGCUAGAGCGGCGCCGUACCUAAUUACUCUCCGAA